CGGAUACCUCUGACAUCAAAACACUCGCAGUGAAGUUUGGGCUGAAGACGUGUGCUGUGGUUUUACUCGGCUGCAUUCUGUCUUGCCUGCUUACUGUACUUUUUCUUUAAAAGUUAACUUUUAUCUUUAAUAUUAGUUGGAAAAUGCUCCUCUUGUUGCUGGGAAUCGUCCUCUUGCACAUUGCCGCAUUGGUGCUCUUGUGUGUGUCCACUAUUGUUAGCACUUGGGUGGAGACGAGCGGCAGCACUGCAGACCUUUGGCUAAACUGUUCCACCACCAAUGGGGGCUCGCAUUGUGAUCCUGCAAAUACCUCAGAAUGGAUUCAGGCGGUCCAGGCCACAAUGAUCCUGUCUGUCGUCUUCAGCGUGAUUUCAUUGUUCCUGUUCUUCUGCCAGCUCUUCACUCUCCAGAAGGGAGGGCGCUUCUUCCUCACUGGAAUCUUUCAGAUACUUGCAAGUCUUUUCGUGAUGAGUGGAGUGACAAUAUACACCGUGAAAAACGCUGAUUGGGUCCCGGAGGCAGCGAGCUAUGGGUACGCUUACAUCCUGGCUUGGGUCGCCUUCCCAAUCGCUCUGAUCAGCGGAUUCAUUUACAUAAUCUUGAGAAAACGUGAAUGAGCUUUCAUCAAUGGUAACAAGGCAUCAUUACUGCAGCGUCCAUAGUCAGAAUUGAAACUGAUAAAAAAAGAAAAAUUUUCAAAAAAAAAAAAAAUAUAUAUAUACUGUCUAUAUAUUUGAAGAUGU